AUGUAUAUUGAAGAAGCUAUAAAAGAAACAAAAGAUGAAAUACAAGUAGGAGUCAGAGUAGUGGGGAAAAAUGUAAUAGCACUUCGCUUUGCAGAUGAUAAGGGGUUUUGCACUGAGAUAGAAGUCUUGCAAAUAUUGCAUGAUAAAACGUAAGAUAUUUUAGGAAAUUACGAAAUGAAAUUAAACAAAAAUAAAACCAAAGUUAUGCCAUGCAGCAAAGUAGAUCAAAAGCGACUAAGUAUAAAUAGUAACAUCGAACAAGUGCAAAGCUACUCCUAUCUUGGCAGUAAAACAACUGAGGGCGAUAAAAGCAAGUUAAAUAUGAUAUGUAGGAUUGCAUAGUAAAAAAGAGCAUUCCAAAACAAAAACCGUUUACCAACUACAAACAUUGUGGGACUAAUCACAAAAAAAAACUUUCUGAAAAUGUGUGUAUGGAGUGUAAUAUUAUACGGGUGCGAGACUUCGACAGUAAGCACAAUCGAGAAGAAAAAAUUAGAAGCUUUUGAAAUGUGGUGUUACCGGAAGAUGCUCAAAAUUCCGUAGAGCAACAGAGUAAAAAAUGAAGAAGUUUUGAGACGAAUUAAUCAAAAAAAAAAACAAUUUUGGAAAAUUUUAACAAAUUUAAGGGAUAAUUUGAUAGGGCAUAUAUUGCACCAUGGUAGUUUGUUGAAACUAAUUAUUGAAGGAUAUGUAUAUAGUAAAAUCGGAAGAAGAAGACGAAGAAUGAAAUGUGUCACAAAUAAUGAAGAAUAUGGGUAUGGAAAGUUACCAAGCUUUAAAGGAGCUGAGUUUUAA